AUGGUCACCAAACUCUCAAAACUUGAGAGAACAGCCACUGUCCACCAAGAUAAUCUCUUCGACAGUAAAUACCAAAGUGAUGGAAUCUACUAUGAGGACAUCACCUUCCAGGACAUCCUCUUCGAUUCAAAUUAUCGGGGAGGAGGUCUUUUUGUGAUUGAUUCAGCUAGAAUUCGCGUAAACAAUUGCUUCUUUAUCCACUUCACGACUGAUGGAAUUUUAGUCGAAAGAGGCCAUGAGACAUUCAUAUCAAGCUGCUUCCUAGGACAACACUCUACAGUUGGUGCGGAUAAAGGUGAGAAAGAUUUUUCUGGGACUGGGAUCGAUCUUGCUAGUAACGAUAAUGCAAUAACCGACGUCGUAAUCUUCUCAGCAGCUACCGGAGUUAUACUAAGGGGUCAGGCUAACAUAGUCACAGGGGUACAUUCUUAUAACAAGGCAACAUAUUUUGGUGGUAUUGGAAUUUUGGUGAAAGCAGCGCAGAAUAGAAUAGCUAAUUGCUACUUAGAUUUUAAUGCUAUAGUGAUUGAAGAUCCUGCUCAAGUUCAUGUUACUAAUGGGUAUUUUCUGGGAGAUGGCAACAUUGUUUUGAAGUCGAUUAAAGAAUUAGAUGGGCAAUUCACAACCAUUGAUCAAGUGGUGAUUGACCAAAACAAUGUGAAUGGCAUGAGCUUGAGAUCGACGGUCGGGGAAUUGACGGUGGCCGGAAAUGGCACGCAGUGGGUUGCUGAUUUUUCAUCAGUGUUGAUGUUCCCCAACAGGAUAAAUCAUGUUCGGUACUCAUUUUACACACAAGGGGGGUUGGUUGGGUUUCCAGCAAGUGCUGUGACAAAUGUGUCAAAUAAUGUUGUAAUUGUUGAGAGUGAGAAAGCUGUCAAUGGAGUGGUGUCAAUUGUUGUUGACCAGCAUAACAUGAUUAUGGACAGAACUGUAUUUUUCACUCUUUACAGCCAAGAGUGGAUAGUUGGGGCUGGAAUUCUAAUGGGUGUUAAU